AUGGCUGAACCGCUGAGCCUCUCGCUCGGCGACAUCGGCCGGCUCUGGGAUACGCUCUUCCCCGCGCCGUGGGGCCCACUCAAUCCUGUCUGGGAGCAUGUUCAACGUACCGCGGCGCCGCUCGACUUUGACCACUUCUCUCUCCGCCAGUGGUUCAACUAUGCCCUCGUUCCCUUCAUUCCGGCCGCCAUUAUGGCCUACCUUAUCAUCGGCGGGCCAAAGGAUAGGCUCGCCCGCGAGACACGCGAGGUCCGUCUCGCACUCGGUAUCGUCGGCAUCAGCAUCGCGACGUCCGCCUACUUGAACAACCGUUUCUAUGGUGAGUCCGACGAUGUCAGAGCUCGCAGCACCGAGGCAGCUCUUAAGCAUGUGCUUGAGCUAAUCCCAGACCUCCGUUGGUGCUGUUACAACUCUAUGUUCGGCAUCUUGUACUGGCAGCUGGUUGCGCGGUACGCCUCGCUUGCACUGGUGAAGGAGCCGAUUGUGGACCCGUACAUGGGGCGCGGGCGACCGCGCUGGGUUGCGGCUUUAGACCUCGUCAUGAACCAGCGGCACAUCGGCCUCGGCAACGUCGGCCUUGACAGCGGCAACGGGCCCGAUAACAAGGACGUGAAGCUGCUGAGCCCUGGAGGCAAGGGCAAGGCGCCCGAGAUGCCUCACAUCGCGCGGCACAUCCAGCACUGGCGUCGAUUCCCUCGUCCGACGUCGCGCUGGGGAUCAUCUCUUCGUCAUCUCUACAAGACGCUCGCGCUGUACACAAUCAUGGACAUCGUCUUCUCCUUAACCCGCGCAAUUGGGCCGCACGCCAUUGCUCCGCCCGGCGGCCUGCCUCUUAUCGAGAAGUACGGCCAUAUCAUGGCCGGCUGGCUCGCCGAGAGCGAAGGAGUCCUGUUCCCCAGCACCUUGCGUCUCCCGCUGCCCAAGUGGCUCAUGUCGACGUUCAUGGAGCUCAUCCCGCCCCUUGCGAUCUGGGGCUUCCUUUCCGUGUGGUAUCACUUCGUCGCGUUCCUGUGCAUCGCUAGCGGCUACUGGGAACCCGAGGUCUGGGACAUUGACGUGUUCGACGCGCCUCUCAAGUCCACGUCCCUCAUGCAGCUCUGGGGCCGUCGCUGGCACCAGGUCUUCCGCCACACCUUUGUCGAUGCCACUGAAUCGGUGCUCCGUAUCUUCCACCUGCCCAACAACCUGGUCACUUUCUACCCGCUCAUUUACCUCUUCAGCGGCCUGCUCCACGCUAUGGGCGAGAUCACGGCCGACCCGGUACCCAGGUUCUCGCACGUGAUGGCCUUCUUUAUGCUCUCGGGCGUGGGGUGCAGUCUCGAGAUUGCCGCCAAGCGUAUCCUCGGCAUUCGUACCCGCGGUCUGCUCGGCUGGUGCUGGACUUGGACCUGGACUGCUGUGACUGGUGAAGAGCUGACACCAGGUCGCCUUGUCGCUAACGCCUGGAUCGACGCCGGCAUGGGUGCCUGCUCCUUCUUCCCCGAUCAGGGUGUUGGGCAGUAUCUCGCCCCGUUCAUCAUGAAGCACGUCUACAUGAUCUACCACGUCCCCCCCGCCGACGUUGCUCCCGCCAUUACCGACGCCGCGCAGGCUCUCCUCGCGACCCCGUCUGUCGUCGAGUCGCUGGCUGAGGUUAUCUCCUCCGUUGCCGAGUCCACUCGAGCCGCAUUCCCCGCCGCCACGGCCGCUGUCACCGAUACACUUGCCGCCGUUGCCGAGCCCAGCGCUGUGCUCGAGGCUGCUUCGGAGGUCGCGGAGGCGCUGUCGACUGAGGUCGCCGUCGCCGCUGCUGGGGCAACCGAAGCCGUGGCCGAGGCUGCUUCCGAGGCCGUCUUCGAGUCUGCUCUCGGGGCCGUCUCCGAAACUGUCUCCGACGUUUUCGCCGAGAACAGCGAGACCCUCGCGACAACGCUCGCUUCGGCUGUUGUCGACACAGCCGCAACGGCUGCGGCGCUGACGAAAGCCGCCGUCGAGAACCUGAGCACUGUCGCGACGGCGGUCGCCGAGGCGGCAGAAAUCAGCACAGUGCGCUUCAUCACGGUCGAUUCGGUGCCGGCGCACAUUGUCGAGGCGGCGCUGGCGACAGCGAGCGCAGCCAUGUCCGCCUCGCUCGAGGAGAGUACGGCCACUAGCUAA